UUUCCAAACCUUCGUACCGUUUUAUCAGAGGAUAGGGGACAGAACAGAGAUGACAUUGUUUUGAACGCAGCUUGGGUAGCAGUGACAUCAAGGAGUUGCCCUCUCUAAACAGCAUCAAAUUUAUGACCACUGCAAACCAAAUACAUUUUAUAUGUAGAAGUAACACAUCAGGGCGUAAAGGUGUUAUGACACAUUAUGUAGGUGUAGUAAACGUUAAUAAUGUUGGUUUUCAUUUGAGGUGUAAUCUACGAAUGGACGCUGACUGGCGGCUGAGACAUCCCUGCAGUCCGCGGUGAGACAGACGAGGCGGGACAGGGAUGAUGGAGCGGUCGGACAGGGCCCCUCUGCUGGACUGGGAGGAGGCUCCAUCGGCGGAGAAGCCCGGAGGAGACGCUCCUGAUGACCGACUGUCGAGUCCCUCCAACACCCGCUCUGUCGCGUCUGGGUUUGGGUGGAGCAGCGGGCAGGGGGGUCCCACUAACCCACCGGUUACUGACCAAGCCCUGCGCCCGGACGAGGAGGGCUAUCUGUCGGACUCAGCCGCCAGGGAGGUGGCCUUAGAAGACAGCAUGGUGAAAUGGGAGGAAAAGGACCAAAUAGUGUCUGUUUUCGUGGUUACGUUCAAUACAAGAACAGGCAACAUGCUGGAGUGGUGCCUGCCCAAAGACAUGGACCUGGAGGGAGUGGAGUUUAAGGCCAUAGCCAGUGGAUCUCAUCGGGUCUCCACAGACUUCAUCUACUUCCGAAAGGGCAGCUACUUUGGCCUGGCCUGCUUUGCCAACAUGGCAGUGGAGAGCACGGUGGAGAGAGGGGCCAGGAUGAAGUCCGUGGGCAUCCUGUCUCCUUCGUACACUCUUCUCUACAGAUACAUGAGCUUCCUGGAGCAUCAGGUCAGACUUCAGCUGCAGACUCCAGGCCACUACUCCCCUCUAGAGGCUUUUUAUGAAGAUAAGAGAGCAGUGCUGCCCCCUGGUGGUGAUGGGAUUGUUACUGCGUGUCCCGCAAAUGCCUGGGGGGCAGUCAUCAAUCACAGUAUGCACCCUGAAAUGAAGAUCACUCACCCUGCAGGCUGCAUGUCCCAGUUCAUCCGUUUUUUCGGGGAGCAGAUCAUGGUGCUGUGGAAACUUGCUUUGCUUCGGAGACGCAUCCUCAUCUUUUCUCCACCGCCUGUGGGAGUGGUGUGUUACCGAGUUUACUGCUGCUGCUGUCUGGCCAACAUCUCCAUCCCUGGGAUUGGAGUCGCAGUUCCAGAGUUUAGGCCAUUUUUCUAUGUAAAUGUGGCUGAUAUCAAUGCACUGGAAAAUGAGCUCUCUUACGUCGCUUGCACUACUGAGAAGAUCUUUGAGGAGAAAAAGGAUCUGUACGACGUUUACGUGGACAAUCAAAAUGUGAAGACGUACAGAGAAGGACUGAAGCCACUGCUCCGUCUCAGCGCGGCGGACAAAGACAAGUAUCACAAACUCACUGAACAAAGGCAAAUGUUGCUGUACUCUCAGGAGGAGACUGGAGACUGUGUGUCCAGUGAGGAGGAUCUAUUUAUUCUGUUUUUCUUGGAGCAGAACAACCGUAUUUUCCAGACACUGAGUGAAGUUGCCAAUAGCACUGAGCCCACCCUGACCCAGGAGACAGUGAGGGCCAUGGGGCUGGACCCUCACGGAGACCGGCUGUUCCUGCUCCACCUGCUGGAGAUCUACGGCUAUGACACACUGCUCGUAUCUGAACAACUCUGCUGCAGCUGAGAAACCAUCGGUCAAAUGAAAAGAGGAGUUUUGCCUUGAUUUUGUACUGCACUACUGCAUUCCCAGAGUCUUCUUUCUGGGACAUUAGGAAAGUAUAUUGAAUUAUUAUCGCUAUGUCUAAUAAGUUGAGUUUGUGUGACAUAAAUCCAUUUUACAAUGCCAAUGAUUUAAGUUAGAGUUAGAGGACAGGUCAGAAUUUGUUGUUUAACUUUCACACUGCAGAUUUCUUGACCUGGUUCCUGGUUAAUAUCUCUGUGAUUAAGCGGCUUAUCUACAAGAAACAAAAACUGGCAUAAAGUUCACUGUCUUCAAAAACUCUUGCCCUCAUUCAAUACCAAAGCACCAAAUACAUAAUUUUUGAAACUGUUAUGAAAAAAUGAUUCUGUUCAACAGCUGUGAAUUUUCUCAUAAACUAUAAAUCUCCCAUAGAGUUAUAUAGGCGUCUGUUCUCCAUCUGAAAUCAUGACGUUAUAAAAUUCUAAAAAGUGAGCACAACCUAUUUGGCAGUUGUUCUGUGGUCUCUUGCUGGAAAUUAGUUAUAGCUAGUUGGGUACCUUCUUAGAAAACCAAACAAGAUUUUUAAAAUUAGUUUUAUGAAUUCUUCUCUAUAACUAAUCAUUACAGAUCAUAGCUAAAUUGCAGAUCUUAACAAUAUAUAGUCUGUUGCACAAAUUAACCCUUAACUUUGGGUUUCAACCUUUGCUGAUUUCUAGCAACAGGUCUUAUGUGUCCUUGUGUCUACUGGCUCUUCAUAAGAGAGCCAGUGGAUUUGAUUGGUUAACACCAAUUUAAAGCAAGCUGGACACAGACUUCAUAACUGAACAUUUAAGAUUGCCUUGUUAGUGAAGUUGAAGUUUGAAGUUGAGAGAAAGGUAGCCAUUUUGUAAAUACUUUUUGUACAGUGUGUCAGCCUCUGUGUGUAUGUGUGAUAUGGGUUUUCCUCUUUGUACAAAAGUGCUGGAAAUCACAUUGAACUUAAUGCCUCUGUCAAAAUCAGGUCCACACUAGUUGAACUGUAGUAUAUUGUAUGGUCAAACUGCCUUCACAAGCCAUGUCUGUAAACACUACAUUACUGCUGCAGAAUAAGUUUAGCUCAAAGUGUAAUUGUUGUGACUGAAAGAAUGCAUCUGAAAUAGAAAGUACUACAAUGAAAUAGAGACAAACUGUUGGCUGGGCCUACAGUACGAAAAAGGUGUUAACUUUAAGUGUUAGAGCAUACACAAAUGACAUUUCACCAUCACCAGUGCUUGAGUGCUACACAUAAUUUGAAUGUAAGAUAAUUAAUAUACAUUUUAUUUCAACACAAAUGGGUCUUAAUUUAAUGAAAUAUUUUUACUACAUGUGCAAACCUGAAAAGCAAGAGAAAAGUAAUGCAUCUGGACACUCAAAAUUACACACAUUAAGGACUUUUAUACAUAUAUUUUACAGAUGUUUACACGGUGUUGUUUUAUGUUAGCAGCAAUACAUAGUUUAGCUCUUAUAUUAUUGACCGACCUGCUCUUCAAAUGACCAGAUAAGAAGAAUAUUAAAGGUGCAUUAUGCAACUUUUCUAGUGCUAGUCUACAUAGAGAUGUUGCUUUGCCUGGAAUGUUCCAUGGUAUGACAUUAAACAUAUCAGUCUAGGAUUUAUUAAUUGCAGGUAUUUCUAUUGCUUAAAAAUACGACAGUUCCUUCUGUGAAUAAGGACAAUUCUCCACAGAUCUGAAUUAAAAUGUGUAGUGCUAUAACCUGCUUGUCUCCCUCGUGAUAGAUAGUUUAAUAUAGUAGUCUAAACCCAUUUCCAUGGAGACAAGCAGGUGGCGGAUCUUCCACUAGAAAUGUUACGCAGUGCACCUUUAAGGGCCAAACACAACAAUGUUACAGACUGCUUUAAAAUAAUUGUCGAGGGAUUUUAAAGUCAUUUGAAUCAUGACUAUUUUAAGAAAGGUCAAUGAAUGCACCUUUUGUCACAUAAUUUUAUAACAAAUAGACCUCAAGAAUCACCUACUUUAUGACCUGAACUUCACACUUUGUGCUUAUGUGGCUCCCGCACAAUACAUGUUUUUGUAUUAUUUAAAUAUUUUGUCGUAUUAAUUUGUAGAUUAUUUUGUUGUAAAUAUUUAUGUUCUGUAAUGUGAAGAAAUGGAAUAAGCUGAAUGUGUUUUAUAUGGCCUCUUAUGAUCCUUGUCAGAGGUGGACAAACGUAAUUUUAUUCAAGUGCUGUGCCCAAUAACUUUACUGCUAACAAGCAACAAAAGCCUCCAGAUUUUGAGUAAGUGGAUAGCAUUUUUAGACUUCAAAUCAAAAGAUUCUUGGUUUGAGAAAAUACAAAAAACAUUAUUGGAAUAUUAUAUUGUAUUUGAUUUAACUUGUUUCAGAACUGUGUUUUAGUUUUGCGAUUUUACUUUGACUUUAAUUAAGCCAUUAUUACCACCUCUGUGUCCAAUAUCCACUUGAACACAAACUUUGACUCAAUGUACAGAUUUUUGUUGAAGGAACACAAAUAUGACACCAGUUAAAACAUGUUUAUUUAUUUUACUGUAAAACAUUCUCAAAUA